GGGCCGAUGGCUUUGGCGCUUAGACUCAUUAUUCCAUGGUCGAUUCAGGAGAAUUAAAUGAUUCCUGACAACCUUCAAACGCUCACAAACGCUCUAUGCUACGUAUACGCCAGGUCAACACGAGCGGUAUCUACCCCAGCGCCUGUUUAUUAUGCUGACAUGGUACGUUCCCGAGCAAAGUAUCAUUUCUCUCCCGACUCGCCCUUGGGGAUGGACGAAGAUUGGAGCGCCUCCUCAGAUACGGGUUCGGGAACGCCUGCGGAAAUUCUUGAGAAGUACCGCAGGUUCUUUAAGCCUGCGCAUAAAGACCAAAGAAAGAAGAUGUGCUUCCAGGUGAACAGAUUCGUCGAUAUUCGUGUUCCUACCGGGCUGGUGAAGUCGUGAUGGUGAUCUAUUCUCUUAUUGCAUUUCGCAACAUCUAGUCAAGUUUUUUCCCCUUAAUGGCAUGCUUUGUUUGGCAUAGCCCUGUGAGAACGAGGUAAGGACCUGUUGGGCUGCGGGACCUUUUCAUGGCGUUCUAGGCUCUUGUCUCCUAAAAUGGGGUCCCCUUAGACCGUUCCUUCUAUUUCAAUG